UGUUUGCCACAGAAUAUUACCGUAAACUACUAUUGUCUAAAAGACUGUGUUUGGCCAUGGCGGCUUCCCUGGUAGCAGCUCCAAGUGGGCGAUAUCCAUUUGCGAUUGGGCGCCUUGCAAAUCGUAGUGCACGGUUCCAUCCAGAUGUCCGAUUUCCAUCGCCAGAUCCAAGUGGGCGAUUCCAACCAGCUCGACUUCCACCAGGUGGGCGAUCGAGGCUUCGCGUCUGGGCGGCUUACAAGGUAACGCUGGUGACCCCUGAGGGCGAGAAAGUGCUGAGCGUGCCCGAGGAUUCCUACAUUCUGGAUGCCGCGGAGGAGCAGGGCGUGGAGCUGCCCUACUCGUGCAAAUCGGGGGCGUGUUCUUCUUGCGCGGGCAUGGUGAAGCUGGGCGAGGUGGAUCAGAGGGACCAAACGUUUCUCACUGAUCUCCAGGUGAAACAGGGCUACGUUCUCACCUGUGUGGCAUACCCGGUCUCGGAUUUGGUCAUUCAAACCCACCAGGAAGAGAAGCUCUACUAAAGUUCUAAGACCAUGAUCCAACUUUGGAGAUGAUUGGAUUUACGUUAUUCGCAGAGCUUUGCUCCUGCCAAAAAAUUUGCACAAAGUGUUGUUGUUGGAGUCA